UCGAGGGGAAAUCCCAAACGGUGACGGGCGCACGCUGGUUGUCAGCAAGUUGGUGCAUUGCGAAUUUAGCGCUGCCGUGCCCGGACCGGACCCGCACACACACACACCUCUCCCCCUCUGUCGGGUCCCCGUUGCCGUCAACAACCCACGCUGCCACAAUAAGGCUCGUGCAAUUAUACAGUUAUCAAUUUGACACAGGGAAUAAACAAGGGGAGUCGAGGUUUUUUUUGAAUGCAUAAAACAUGUUAAUGUCAAGGAGGAGGCCUGAAAAAGUGCCGGCGGUGCAGCAAUUAACGACGUUUAGACAAUUGCAUCAGGUCCGCGGUCAAGCUGGACCUGCGUAACCAGCGCAAUACAGGACAUUGUGACAUUUUGACUUCAAAACAAAAGCUCAGCGGAAUUAAUCGUUUUAGAUAUGGGUGACAUUUAUAAGUUAGCCUUAGCGUUAAAUUGUUGGAUUACAAGAUUAAAGCUCCAUCCUCAAACUGAUAUAUGUUCUGGUUCGACUACGCAAUGUGAUAUAUUGUGAGGUCAUUUUAUUUCUUCCUUUUUAUUAUACAUUAUUAAUUCAUAUUCUCUGCAUGUCGCCUACUAGUUGAACCUGCUUUCAGGUUUCUUGCUUACCUGAUUCUGCUAUUAAUUGUAUGUGUUUAUUAAGUUAAUUAUGUAUAUAAAGCUCGUAGAACUGUGUAUGAUGAUGAUUUGUUAUAUUGUUGGUCCUCUUACUGGGUAAUACUCGUAAUUAUGGUGAUAAGUACUAUUAACACGCAACAAUGAUAAGGAAUAGCAGUAGCAAUAGCAAUAUUAUUCGUCAGAACAUCCACAAUAAAAAGCCGAAUGGCUUUGCUCCUCCGUUAUGUAAAUAUACAGGCUUUUAUUCUGAAAGCUCUAACGGGACGCGUUGUUAUCUCCUCGUGAACUUGACAGUCGCUGUCUAGGCGGCCGUAGAUGAGGAGAGGGAGGAGGAGGAGGGAUCGAGAGAGGAGGAGGAGGAGGAGGAGGAGGGAGGCAGCAGGGACACAGGAACCUGCUGGAGGACUCACAUGGUCCUGCUGCAGCAGAGGAGCACACACUGCCGGGACUCUCCAACACAUCUUACACUCAGCUCGGCUUCAUUCUUCUUCAUUUUAGACCCUCCUUCCGUUUCUAUUUUUCUCUUCCUUUCCCUCCUCCCGCAGCCCGGUGUCGGUCGGACUCGUGCCGGUUAGAAGCAGCUAUGGCUCGGGAGAACGGAGUCUGCGGCAGAGGAGAGACGUGGAAACAACAGGUCGACGACAUCAAGAAGACUUUCGAUUUCAAAGAAGUCCUCGGCACAGGAGCGUUUUCCGAGGUGGUCCUGGCCCAGGAGAAGCUGACCGGACGGAUGUUCGCGGUGAAGUGCAUCCCCAAGAAGGCUCUGAAGGGGAAGGAGAGCAGCAUCGAGAACGAGAUCGCCGUGCUGAGGAAGAUCAAGCAUGAGAACAUCGUGGCGCUGGAAGACAUCUACGAGAGUCCUGACCACCUCUACCUGAUCAUGCAGCUGGUGUCCGGCGGCGAGCUGUUCGACCGAAUCGUGGAAAAGGGUUUCUACACGGAGAAGGAUGCGAGCACGCUGAUCCGACAAGUCCUGGACGCUGUGAACUACCUGCACAAGAUGGGCAUCGUACACCGAGACCUGAAGCCAGAGAACUUGCUGUAUUUUAAUCCCCAAGACGAGUCCAAGAUCAUGAUCAGCGACUUUGGUCUCUCCAAGAUGGAGGGCAGUGGCGACGUCAUGUCCACUGCAUGCGGCACGCCGGGAUAUGUGGCUCCAGAGGUCCUGGCCCAGAAGCCGUACAGCAAGGCGGUGGACUGCUGGUCCAUUGGAGUGAUCGCCUACAUCCUGCUGUGCGGUUACCCUCCGUUCUACGACGAGAACGACUCCAAGCUGUUCGAGCAGAUCCUGAAAGCCGACUACGAGUUCGACGCACCGUAUUGGGACGACAUAUCGGACUCAGCCAAGGACUUCAUCGGCAGUCUGAUGGAAAAAGAUCCAGCCAAGCGUUUCACCUGCGAUCAGGCACUCAGACACCCCUGGAUCGCUGGUGAUACAGCACUCUGCAAGAACAUCCACGAGUCAGUCAGCCGACAGAUCAAAAAGAACUUCGCCAAGAGCAAAUGGAGGCAAGCGUUCAACGCCACCGCCGUGGUCCGCCACAUGAGGCGGCUGCAGCUUGGCAGCAGCAUGGGGAGCAGCAUGGACGCCUCCAACCCGCCGACCAGGCCGGGCCAGACGCAGAGGCCGGCCCAGAGCCAGAGCCAGGAAGGCCAGAACCAGCCGGCUCAGAGCCAAAGCACCGGCCAGACGGCGGAGAGCCAGAGCGCCAACGCGGCCGCCAGCAAAACCUCUUCGACAGACAACAACUCAGCAGCGCCCCGCAAGGAAUGUGUAGCUGCGUCGGUCACGCCCUGCAGUCUGGCGUCCGCCGCCUCUUCUCCCGCCGCGGGGGCAGAGCUGAACCGGCUGCAUCCCUCGGCCGUUCCCGCCCCGGUGCUCACGGAGACCAAGUGACGCCAGGUCCAGCGGGGAACCAGCUGGGAGGCCACCGCACUGUGAGGCAGAGAGACGGAAAAGAAACGGUGGACGACAGGAGAGGAAGAG